AUGUCUAUCAACGGGAAUACCAAUAGUUUCACUGUGUUUGAUGGAACAGAGCAUCAGGUAGCCUAUAUAUUUACACCACCCACAUCUGCACCUUCAGAAGACCUACUUCAACGUCCUAAGAAGCGUAGGAAGGUAUCAAUCUUGAAUGAAGCAAAUGAGGGCACUUUGGUGGAGGUCACAUCAUUUGUAGAGAAUGAGAAGAGCACAGGCAAAGUGCCAGUCGGAUUCAUUGUGACUGGACCAAAUAUCGCAUCUCAAGGCUUACUUUUCGAACAACUAUCGGCGAGACUUUCCAACGAAGUUAAUGGCCCCGUUAUUACCCUCAGAUCUGGAGAAUCGUCGAAUCUGAAGGCACUACUCAAGAAGCUUAUAAGAGAUGUUACUCAUCAAAGGUCAAGCGGCGAAGACGAGGAUGACAAUUUCCUCGAGCAAGAUGGCCGUAAACUUCUGAACUAUGAUUUGGAGAUCGUUCAUGGUUAUGUUAAAGUCCACGGGUGUGACAGAGUGAUCGUGGCGUUUCAGGACAGUGAAGCCUUUGACUCUGGUCUACUUGGGGAGGUAAUAUCUUUAUUUGGCUCUUGGCUGGACCGCAUUCCUUUCCUCUUAUUAUUUGGUAUUGCCACAUCCGUCGACUUAUUCCAAAAAAGACUUUCUCGUGUUGCUACUCGAUCUUUACAUGGAGUGCAAUUCGAUGUGGAGCAAACAAGCUCCAUCCUUGAAACUAUAUUUCUAAAAGUCAUAGCUGGUUCCAAUGCGCCAAUACGACUGGGACGAGGCAUUCUAUCGAGUCUCAUGGAACGUCAAAAUGAUCAUGUUCAGAGUGUACAAGCUUUCAUUGGAGCAUUAAAGUAUGCAUACAUGUGUCAUUUUUACGCCAACCCUCUGAGCAUAUUUCUGAGCCUCAAAAAUGACUCUAGUUUGGCGGCGCUCCUCCAACCGGAGCAUUUCGAAGCUAUCAGGAUGUUAUCAUCUUUCCAAAACUAUACCGAACGCCUUGUAGAGCAAGGUAAAUUAGAGCAUUCCAUGGAGUUGAUCACAGAUGAUGAGAUCCUUCUGCAAGAGGCGCAAACUUCGGCCCAAGACAAAGAUCAAGCCGUGCAGAAAGUUCUCCGUGUUAUGCAUGUUAUAAUCACCUCAGCAGUCGAAGCACCAGAGAAGAUUGAUCUUUAUAUGAAAGCAUCGACUGGAUCAUUAAAAAAUUCGAACAUUGUACGUUCAAUUUUAGAUUCAAUCAAACGUGCCAAUCUCGAUGAUUUCCUAAAAAUUGUAGUAUCACUCAUGGGAGCCACAGAAAUUGGAAGUACUGAGCUGGAUCUUGAACCAUGGUCGGAUAUGGAACCGAAAUUCUACCCAGAAAUUGUGGGUAUUUGGGAAGACGCUUUAUCACUCACAAACUCAGAAGCUGGGAAAUCCAUCCGCAGCAGUUACAACAAGUCACUCCGUACCACUAUCAUCUCUCAGAAAGUCCAAAUCAGCCAGGAGAAAUCAGCACUUACCAAACAAGAGAAAGAGUAUACAGCUCUUGUUGACCGCUUGAUUCAAGCCGUACAAGACUUCACGGAUGUGGGCAAACUACAGGACCAAUUUCUCUCCGAGAUUUGGCUCUACGAUCUCAAAUACCCCUACCAAGACGCCUUCACACCAAAGCCCCGUUUCGCAAUCGAGCGAGCCCUAUCUUCGCCCCACGAAUACCUUUCCUGUGCAUGCUGCGACCCUACGAAAGAAGGCGCACUCAUGUCCCAUCCACCUACUGCAAUCCUAUACAAGCUUUUCCUAGAAGCAGGAAACUUAAUCAACAUUUUCGAUCUUUGGACUGCUUUUGUCGCUAACUUGGGACCGGAGUAUGACGAGGGCGAGGAUGGCGAAAGACAGGCUUUGAUGUUGUUUUAUAGAGGACUUGCAGACUUGAAGUUGUUGGGUAUGAUUAAACAGAGUAGGAAGAAGACCGAUCACUUGACAAAAUUAGCAUGGAAGGGAUUGUAA